AAAAAUAAUAAGAAGAUGGCGAGAUGCACAUAAGAGUACACAAAAUUUAUUAAAAACAAAAUUUAGAGUACAUUUGCUUGCUUCAAUCCAAAGUACAAAACAAAAAAACACAAAGAAUGAAAAUCCAUAUUCUCAAAUUACUCAAAUUAAAGAGUAAAGACCAAAUCUUCAAGGUAGAAGUGCCAAUUACACAAAGAUUGGUUUUUAGCCAUGGUUUUACCCUCCCCAAUGACUUAAGCUUGACCAUUUAGCUUGUGGAAGAGGGAACAACAUCAUCACCCCAUUCCAGUGUAUUUCCCAAGAAAUUCAAAAGACCAACUCAAAGAAAUCCAUGACUAAGACCAAGCCCAAGCAAUAGUAGUCUAGGUAGGCACAUAAACCAUCCUCAUAGUUAAGCACAUGACAUAUAUACAUUUGUGAGAUAACAUAAACAUAUCAUGACAUCCAAGAAUUCCAUCAUCCAAAGGCUAAUCCACAGCCCUUGGUAUCCAAUAAAUCAGCCCAGGUAGAAGGUUCCAUGGUCAGCACCAGUAGAUCCCAAGCAGUAACAAAAUCCAGUAGCAAAAUCCAGUAGUAGGUGCAAUUUCAACCUGUACGCAGCACCUGUACGCCAAUUGUGAGCAUCAGCAGGUCCUCGAGGCAGUAGCUCAGUGGUAGCAGCAGGAGCACAGCAGCGCCAUCAUGCAACAGGUCCUCUAGUUAUUGCACAGCAACUCCAAGUUCCGCACAGCAGCAACUUUAAAGCAAUUCCAAAGCAGCAAAACAAACCCGAAGCAGAAAGAGACCACCAUCUCCUUUAAGUUGGAACACCAAAAUCAGGGACCAAGGUAUGAAAGGAACGAGUAGUGGUAGACCAAAAACCACAGCAAACAGAAGGAGUCACCCAGUGCAAGGGAUAAGUUGGUCUGCCAGCAACACAUGUGUGCCAUCCCAUCCCUCAAGAAGACUGAGUUCGGUAAACAAACAGCAUAAUGGAGUAUGCUAUUCGAAAAUGGCAGCACUGGAGAUCAUGAUUUGCCAACAACAGCUUUGGGUGGCUCUCCAACGAAGUAGUCUAGCCAAACCCAGUGAUGCCACAGAAAACCAUUCCACGUAGCUGGUUGUGUCCUAUUUCUCUUAACAAUACCAUUACAGCUUCAUGAACAAACACUACAAGAAAUAUGUCCUUUAAUGAGAGUAAAAGCUGUAGUUAAAGAUAGAAAAACCUUCAUUAAAAAGUUUUAAAGAGAGGAAAUUUACUCCUAGAUUCAUAAGUUAUCAAAGAAGCCUACUUAGUUUUUUGUAUAAAUUUAUGGGGGCGGGGGAUUAGAGUUUAAGUCAAAAUAUCCAUGUGUCAGUAGUAUUAUAUACUUACUGGAACAUCAUUACCAAUCAGAGACAAAGAAGCAGCAUCAACCUAUUCAGUUACACCGUCAUCCAAAGUUAUCACAGAUUUGCUAGUGGUCAAAACAGCCUUCUCGGUUUCAGGAGACACCAAACAAUCCUUAGUAUUAUCAGGAGGGACAUCCACAGAAGUUAUAUAGGUUCAAAAGCUUCCUUGGACCGUAGUGCAAAAGUUGCCUUGUUGGAAGGUGAGCCAUUUCAUUGAACGUGUGCCCCCUCCUAUAUAUGAAGGAUUGAACAAAAUACUCAUUAGAUGUAUCAUUUGACUAAUUCUAAUGAGAAGAAUUUAAAAAACUUCCCCUCACUGCUUCUUAGCCACAAAUCAUCAUCAAAUCUAAAACGAAAGCUUUCUCCCAAAAAGAGAAGAGAAACCACCAAAAUAAAUUGAAAAGACAUGAGGCUACAACGUAGGCCCAAAGUAAAACCCCAAAUUAAAGUCCCUUCACGCAAAUUACAACUUACAAGUGAGCACUGGAGCUUUAGUUCCCAAAUUGAAUUCAGUAAUGAAACACUUUUCAAACACAAUAAAAAAGGCAGUACAGUAGCAUAUGUGACAAACUUCGUCACACUCUGCAAAAGAAUAUGCAAAAUCUUGAUUCUGAUUUAUGAAGCUCACGUUCUUUUUUCACUUUGGUUUGCAUACAAAUUCUCAUAUUCAAAUAGCUACAAAUAAGCACAAAAAAUAUAUAUAGUUAGAAUUGUCUACUUUUGAAUCAACAAAUAAAUGUAAUGCGUAUAGUAUAAAGAAGAAAAAAACUUAAAUAUACUAUGCAAAGUAACAAUCUAAAGUUACAGAUUGUGAAGUAGAGAACCAAUUCAUUGUCCAAAUUUUAUUUGCUAGCUAGACAUUGAAACAACUUUUUAAGAACAAAAACAAUUUUCAAUUUUGAAAUCCUUUUGAAAUAAAGUAUAAAGCUUAAAGAAUUAACUAAAUAUUUAGAAUCAGAAACUCAAAUCUAACUCUCAUACUGCCAUAUGAAGACUCAAAUAUAAGUCUCAUACUGCCUUCUGGAAAAAAUCACCAGCCCAAGCAAUAAAGGCUAGACUAGUAGCAAAACCGCACACCGCACAGGUACACUAGAACGUGAAUAGUAACUCGAGCAACCAAAUCAAAGAGACCAAAAUCAAGUUGUUUGAAUUAUGAUUCCAACACCAGACGUUGAAUGGCCCUUGAAUCACGAACACAAUCCCAGAAAAUGGGAUGGAAAACGAGCAAAAAGCAUGGGUAAACCUGGACUUGAAGAACUCGCUGUGAACAGUGACUCCGUGUCCAAAAUUUUUGCUCAAUUCGCAGCUUCCUUCAACCGGUUUGGAAAACCAAUUUCAGGUGUUGAAAGAGCAUCCCAAGUCGCCCAUAAUCCCCCAAAAAUUGGCCUUCAAACGAGCUUGGACCGAGGUGAAUUGAACCUUCAAGAGUCGCAGAUGAACAGUAACUCGAGAAGGUUGACCUGCGAUUCUUGAUCAAUCCAGCGCCCAAUGGAUUGCCAUGCCCAAAACGAUUCUAGAGCUCUAAAAAUUGGUCCAAAAGUUCAACAAAUUCAAGGUGAAAGCAAGGGUUUAAGAUCGGCAGUGAAUAGUAACUUGUGGAGACUGCCCAGCGAUCCAAAACCUGUGAUAGAUGUUCUCUAUCAUACUCCGUACAAGAGUUGUGAUUUUGAAGAAGAUGACGGAAAUUAGGCGAUAGACCUAAGUGCGA